AUGCCUGGAUGUGCCUCUGUGACUUUGCGGAAAGCUUCAGGUCAUCCUUCAUUCAUGCUUCCUUUGAUGGGUCGACUUUAUUCAAACUCAAAGUUAAAGAAAUGCUUACCAGUAGCCAGCAAGAUGUCUAGUCAGAGAAAGCAGACAAAGAUAUCAGCAGAGGAUUAUGGCAAGCUGAUAGAGAACAAUUUGGCUAAGCCUGGAGCUGUGGCUGAACAUCCUACAAAAACACCCACUGUGCGAUACUGUGCAGUAUCUUCUAUAGAACAUGGACACAGAGCAGUAGUAACAGACAUUUACUGGUUGCCUGAGUACUAUGAGGUGUCAAGAAUGGGAAUACCUCAUGAAAACAAAAAUGGCAUCUGUGUGCAGCUUGUCACUUGUUCUCCCGAUGGUUCUGUUUUGUUUUGGGAUAUUCGCCCACCAAAGGUUACUGCACAAUCCAUGCUUGAUAAAAAGAAGGCCGAAGAAAAGCAACUUAAAAAUCCUCAUGGAGUGCCAACUACCUUUAAACAUCUGGAUCUCACUUGGAAACCAAUAAUGAAGGUGACUUUGCCAAAGAUUGACUCAAGCGGGGAAUACAAUCCAGUUGUUAUGAGCAUCAGAGAUGACCAAGAACUCCCACCAAAUCUUAGCAAACCAGAGAAAUCUGAAGCAAUUGAUUACAGUGCUUUGCGGGUGCCUUCAGCCAGAAACUUAAAACUCCUAGAAAAUAUCAGCACCAAGUUUUUUGUAGGAAGUGAAGAUGGUGAGCUUGUAUAUUCAGAAUGGAGAAUGGAAAAAGACAGUGAUUCAGGAAAACUAAUAAGUUCCAAACCAAGUUACAGAUUUGCAGUCCAUGAUGGUAUUCUUCACACAGUGCAGAGGUCUCCUUUCUUCAAAGACAUCAUUCUUACAGUUGGGGGUUGGACAUUUGCCAUAUGGAAGGAAGGUGUAACUACUGGACCAAUCCUUCAGUCUGCAUGCUCUCCAAAGAUGUAUACUGCAGCACAAUGGUCUUUGUCAAGAGCCGGAAUUUUCUUCCUUGGAAAAGAGGAUGGAAAUAUUGAUGUAUGGGAUCUUUUAGAGAAAACACAUGAGCCAUCUCAAACACAGAACAUCUCCACAGCACCAAUUACCUGUAUCAAACCAUGGAUUGUCACAUCUAAGCAACAUCUUUUAGCUGUGGCAGAUGAUUAUGGUACACUGCACAUUUUACAGAUUCCUUGGACAUUACGUCAUCCUUCUAGUCAUGAGAGAUUAGGUAUUCAGCAUUACUUUGAAAGAGAGGUAAAACGUCUAGAUUACUUUACAGAACGAAAGAUCCUCCAUGCCAAAGAGAAAGUACAAAUGGAAGCAGAAGAACAGAGAAAGAAAAAUAUUAUACUACCUCCUCAAAAGACAGAAGAGCAGCUUGAUGAUGAACUGAAGACAGAUUAUGAGAGCUACUUGACGAUGGAAAAAAAUAUCUUGACAACUCUGGGAAUAGUUACUGAAUCAGAAGAAAAAACUCAAAUUGCUGUAUAAAAUGGAAUCCACAUUUUUUUUCAUUUUAUUUGCCAAAGAAUAUAUUUCAUUGUUUUUAAAAUCUUUAUCAUAAUACUGUGAGACAGGUCUGAAAGUGUUAGUGUUAACUGACUGAAACAACUCAGAAUGUCAAACAUUAAUAUCUAGUGUAAGAGAGCAACUACAAAAUAAAUGUCUUCAUAAGU